AUGGCCGACAACAACAAGGUGCUUGCGCAUGCGAUAAACUCAGUAUCAAAUGCUCUCGUACGUGGAGAUGGCUACUCAGGAGGUUGCUUUGGUCCAAGAGGAGCACAUGCCUGGCUCUUCCUUGGCUUUGUUAUGGGAUUCGGUGCUGUAAUUGCCUCUUGCUGGAUCCUGCUUGCAGAAUAUGUCACCAAUAAAAGCCAAGAAAGGUCAUAUCCAGGCGUUGGUCUUUUUCUUCAGAAUGCAUUUAUUUUCAUCGGCUCCCUUGUAUUUAAGUUUGGUAGAGUCGAAGACCACUGGAACUGAACUGCAUACUGUGAUAUAUAAAACUAGAGGUUUACUAGACAUUUUUCAAGUUGCCGCUUUUAUAUGCUGUUAGGUAUGUGGUUUAAAGAAAUUUUCACACAGCCUGGAGGAUUUAUCUCCUUGAUGUACAGCACUGAAAAAGUGUAUCAUCAUCACAUCAUUCGGCUCUGAGUAUUGUCAGUGGCAGAUUGCUGAAGCAGCAUGGAAGCAGUAACCUGUUGUCUGAACAUGGAAGUGUGUGUCUAAAACCAAGCAUCUGUUUGUGUUAUUUUUCAUCUGUUAGAAUGAAAUGAUUUUUUUUAUUUGAAUUGUGGAAACUUAUCAGUUGCUGCCCUUGAUAUCUAGGCAAUCAUGCCAGUGUUAAAAAUUUUCACAAUAAACUACAUGUCGGUGUUAAAAAUUUUCACAGUAAUUAAACUAAAGUAUUUUUAAACAUUUCAUACAUAGAAGCUGUAACCCUGAUAAAGAGGAUUUUUAUGAUAAAAUAAAUUGCAUUGUCUGCUUUGUAUAAUUCAGUUUUAAAUAUUGAUAUACUGUAUCACUUUUUCUGUGAACACCCAUGAAAUAUGUGCCUCUGCUUCUAGAGUACCACAAGAAAGUAGAGAGCAAGUAACAUAGCCUCUUGCUAUUAGCUAAGUUUUUUUCUGUACAUAAGGUAUGCUGGCUAAAGUAUACUGUGUGUUUAUCAUUGUUUUGUGUGUAUGUGUUGUAUAGAUUAUAAUAGAAUCAAUUGAUGCAGGAAAUAUGCUUCUAUCUUUCUGAUAAUUUUAGCUGCAGCCUCUCACAAGUUUAGUAUGAUGAACAAAACUGCAGAACACUUGCCUGUUGUUUGAUAUUAGGUCUUUUGUAUGCAUUUUUUUUAAAGGGAGCUUUGAUGACUACUUUGUUAUAGCCCUAUUAUGUGAAGAGCAAAAAUUUCAAUUCAGAAUUUAAGUUACCAGUCAUUUCUUGUGACAAUCUAUGCAUCAUAACAUGUUUUGGAAUCACAUAUAUUCAUUUAGUUUAAGGCCAGUUCUAGGUGGGCCUUACGUACUAACAUACUCCAGUUGGUUCAAAAAUUGAAACCAGAUGAGAUGAUGCAUUGGAUGAGAUGUUGGACACACAUUUGGGGAAGGGUCGUAUUUCUUUACUUUGAAAAGUUUUUGGAUGUAUCAAAAUCCCUUCAACAAGUCAUAAGCCAACUCAUGUCGUCAUCUUUGUCUACCUGUGCUUGAACCUCUAAAUAUCCUAUGUUUUUGGAACAGUAACAAUUUUAAAAAUUACAUCAGAGAAAAGAAAUUCUUUCUUAUGCUGUAUCUAGCAAGCUAAUACAAGCUGUUCGUAUUUGUGUACAUCAUACUCAAAGUCUGGAAUCUCUCAGCAUUUCAUAUGAUUACUAGUGUGUUUGGAA